AUGGCUCCUCGAGGUAGAAAACCAAAAAUAAAAAACGAACAAGAAAACACAGAGUUGUUUGAAAAAAAUCGUUUUAUUAUUUUACCUGAUGCUUUAACAAAGGAUGAAAAUGGUGAUCAUCAAUUGAUAAAACUACGUCAUCCACAAACUAAUGAAUUGGCUAUAUUUGUGUAUUCAGAAAAUGAUAAAACUCUAGCGCAGAUGCGAUCCUUACCGUUUAGUCAUAGGUCAUUUUUCAAAGGCAAUGAUGUCAUUCCUAUAGAUAGAAUUGAUUUUGUAACGUUGGUUGACCCUAUGUUUCUCUUUCUACCGUAUUUUGUCAAAUGUUCUUCUAUGUUCUGUCCAUUGGAUCAAAUUUUAGUGGAUGAAUCUCUUCCAGAAUUAAAUAACCUAUUAAUGAAACUAUCAGAAUUGACCAAUUUAAAACAAAUUGCUACUAAAAAAGAAGUUGGAGAUUUAAUUUUGUGGCAGUAUAAUGAAAAUAAAACUAUGGAGUGGCUUACACCUAAAAUUGAAAAAGUAUCAAAAGUGUUAAUCACACAACAAAUAAAUGUUAAUCAAAAUGCAGCCAUUUCAUCUUCAUUUAAAGUGUGCGAAACAAGCCUACAGGCAACUGAUGAACAGUACAAAAGAUAUGCAUACAAUAUAAUUUCGGAAUAUUUACACAUUGAUAUUCAAAAAUCUUUAUUGAAACAUCUCGGGUUACCAGAAAUAGUAGAAUGUAAUAAACGUAAAGCUGAUGAAAAUAAAAGUGAUGUAAAUAAAAAGGUGAAACACAAAGAAGUUGAAUAUGACGAAAUGCCUUUUCAAGUUAUAAAGAAUGUCACUCCAAAGUUAACAGCUAAAGACAAAGCAUUAAAAAAAGCUGCAUCGGGAACAAAGUCUAUAUCAUCGUUUUUUAAAAAAAGUGUAUAA